UCGGCACUCGGCGCUGCAGCCUGGGCCUGGCGGGCCUCAGGCGUGGGGAGCGAGUGAGCGACCGGCCGCCCUCCACCCGCUUCAGCCUCUCCUGUUGGCAUCACCGUCGUGAGCCACCCACGUCUAAGUACGUUUUUAAAUGUGCAACUUUUAAGAAACCCACAACCCGGUAAUUUUAUACACUAAGUGAAAGAUUACAGAGAAUGCGAUAUUAAAGUUGCCAAUAGAGUUAGAGAAAGGUGUGUUAACUUCUACAAGCGGCAAACUAUGAACUGUAAAGAUUUCAGACAGAGUCUGGUGUUUAGCAAUGCCGAAAUCAAACAAUUGCUUAUUUCCCCUGGAUAAUUUGUUUUUCAGCAGCCCAGAUGAAGCUGGAAACUUCCCAGUUAAGGGGCAUUCACUGGAUUGGUUUCUCCCUCCAGCUCCACUGAUUUCAGAAAUUCCAGAUAUUCAAGAGUUAGAGGAAGAAAUUGAAAGUCAUAAACUGUUAGGCCAAGAAAAGGUACCAAAAAUGUUAACAUCAAAUUUGAAGAUCAUUAAUGAAGACAAAGAUUGUAUUUCACCAACACAAAAGUUCCAUUUUCCCUAUAAUAUGGGUACACAGAACUACCUACAUGUAGGAGGCUCAAGUAACAAAGACUCAUCCCGUAUUGCUGGCAAGCUGGUGUAUAGCUCGUCUCAGAGAUAUGAAGACCACGUGGGUGCUAAGAAUGGUCCUGGUGAAUCAAAAUCACCUAAUGUCGCAGAGGAUAGAGGAGAGGGGACAGCAGCAUUCAAGAAAAGCCCAGUGAAACUAACCCAAACAAAGAUAAACCAGGAGAAAUCAUGGCACGGUAGCAACAAUAAACAGAAACUUCAGUAUUCCACAAAGAAAGGGAAAGCAAAAGACGGGUUUCCUGCUUCUGAAACUGGAGAAAACAUAUUCGAAGUGCCGGCCUUCUCCGUCGCAUCCCAGCCUCAUGACGUUCAAGGUAUAACUCCAAGUGGCUUAGGUUCCUUGAAGGCUGUCACAGAAAUUCCGGCACAAUUUAGGAGUAUAUUCAAAGAAUUCCCUUACUUCAACUAUAUACAAUCCAAAGCCUUUGAUGAUCUUCUUUACACAGAUAAGAAUUUUGUGAUUUGUGCCCCCACUGGCUCUGGGAAAACUGUAGUGUUUGAACUUGCAAUAACUAGAUUGUUAGUGGAAGUUCCAUUGCCAUGGUCCAACAUGAAGAUUGUUUACAUGGCACCAAUAAAAGCCCUUUGUAGUCAGCGGUUUGAUGACUGGAAAGAAAAAUUUGGAUCAUUGGGCUUGAAUUGUAAAGAACUUACUGGAGAUACAGUAAUGGAUGACCUAUUUGAGAUUCAACAUACCCAUAUAAUUAUGACAACUCCAGAGAAGUGGGACAGCAUGACCAGAAAGUGGAGAGACAACUCUUUAGUCCAGCUGGUUCGACUGUUUCUCAUUGAUGAGGUGCAUAUUAUAAAAGAUGAAAACCGUGGUCCAAUUCUUGAGGUUGUUGUUAGCAGAAUGAAAACUGUCCAGUCUUCAUCUAGGGCUUUGCAGAAUGCCAGCCCUGUCCCUAUGAGAUUUGUAGCUGUGUCUGCAACCAUUCCCAAUGCUGAAGACAUCGCAGAGUGGCUUUCGGAUGGCGAGAGACCCGCCGUGUGUCUGAAAAUGGAUGAGAGCCACAGACCCGUGAAACUUCAGAAAGUGGUGCUGGGCUUUCCCUGCGGCAGUAGCCAAACGGAAUUUAAGUUUGACUUAGCCCUCAACUAUAAAGUGUACAAUGUGAUACGAACUUACUCCGAUCAGAAGCCCACACUUGUGUUUUGUGCAACAAGGAAAGGUGUGCAGCAGGCUGCUUCUGUUCUUGUGAAAGACGCUAAAUUUAUUAUCUCCAUGGGACAGAAACUCAGGUUACAGAAGUCUGCAUAUUCUAUAAGGGAUUCGAAACUUAAAGAUGUCGUGGUGUAUGGUGUCGGCUACCACCAUGCUGGGUUGGAGCUGUCCGAUAGGAAACUGGUUGAAGAACUGUUUACUUCUGGAGAUCUCCCAGUUCUUUUUACCACGAGCACUCUUGCCAUGGGGGUGAACUUGCCGGCUCACCUGGUAGUUAUAAAGUCUACCAUGCACUACACUGGAGGCAUGUUUGAGGAGUACAGCGAGACAGACAUCCUGCAGAUGAUCGGGAGAGCUGGCAGACCUCAGUUUGACACGACAGCUACUGCAGUUAUCAUGACCCGGUUAAGCACAAGAGAGAAGUACGUUCAGAUGUUAGCGUGCAAUGACACCGUAGAAAGCAGUUUGCACAGACAUCUGAUCGAGCAUUUAAAUGCAGAGAUAGUGCUGCAUACCAUCACAGACGUGAACAUUGCUUUGGACUGGAUCCGGUCAACCCUCCUGUACAUCAGAGCUCUGAAGAACCCGUCUCACUAUGGUUUUGUAUCUGGAUUGAACAAAGAUGGAAUCGAGGCAAAAUUACAAGAAUUGUGUUUGAAGAAUCUGAAAGAUUUAUCAUCACUGGACUUAAUAAAGAUGGAUGAAGAUGUUUAUUUCAAACCAACAGAGGCAGGAAGACUAAUGGCUUGGUACUAUAUUACAUUCGAGACAGUGAAGAAGUUUUGUACAAUCAGUGGAAAGGAAACUUUAUCAGAUUUAAUUUCGAUGAUAGCCAGCUGUAAUGAGUUCCUGGACGUGCAGUUGAGGGUGAGCGAGAAGAGAGCACUGAACACUUUAAACAAAGACCCGAACCGGAUCACCAUCAGAUUUCCAAUGGAAGGGAGGAUUAAAACAAGAGAGAUGAAAGUAAAUUGUCUCAUACAGGCUCAGCUGGGAUGCAUUCCUAUACAAGAUUUUACUUUGACACAAGAUACCUCGAAGAUUUUCAGAAGUGGCUCACGAAUUGUAAGAUGGUUGUCAGAUUUUGUGGCUUGCCAGGAAAAGAAGUUUGCUGUGCUUUUAAACAGUGUGAUUUUAGCUAAAUGCUUUAAGUGUAAGCUUUGGGAAAACUCUCGACAUGUAUCUAAACAGCUGGAUAAAAUCGGCAUAUCAUUGUCAAAUACCAUGGUAAAUGCAGGUUUGACUUCCUUUAAAAAAAUAGAAGAAGCAAAUGCAAGAGAAAUUGAACUGAUUUUAAGUAGACUUCCGCCUUUCGGAACCCUGAUAAAAGAAGCUGUGAUGUAUCUACCAAAGUAUGAGCUUGAAGUGGAGCAGAUUUCUAGGUACAGUGACACCAAGGCCGAGAUAUUGGUGACUGUUGUAUUAAGAAACUUUGAGCAGCUACAGACCAAAAGAACAGCACCAGACUCUCACUACACUACCUUAAUCAUAGGCGAUGCAGAUAAUCAAGUCGUUUUUAAGCACAAAAUUAUGGAUUCUGUUUUGUUAAAAAAUGGAAAUUGGGCUAAAAAAAUUGAUGUGAAGAGAGCUCUUAUAUCUGAAGAUCUUAGCAUUAAUCUAAUUAGUUCUGAUUAUGUUGGUCUUGAUAUUCAGCAGAAAUUUACAGUCUUUUAUUUAGGCCCCAGGAGGUGUGUAAAUCAAACAGUUAUGCAAGGAAGGUUAGAAACAGACAUUUCUCAUCCCAAGCACUCAAACAGAGCUGCUGCAGCAGUGUACAAUGAAGGAAUGGCUACCUGCAAAAAACCUGGGAACCGAGAAUGCAAUCAUCAUUGUAAAAAUAAACAUACAUGUGCACAUGACUGCUGUAAAAUCGGAGUUCCACAAAAGGCAGAAGUUAAAGAGUCAGCAAUGUCUUCGUAUCUGUCUGACUUAAAAAGCAGAGAUGCUGUCUCUUCUCUUCCUCCAGUGAAGCGACUCAAGAUACAGAUGAACAAAUCUCAAAAUGUGGACCUUAAGGAGUUUGGUUUUACUCCAAGACCGUCCCUUUCCAGUAUAUCAAGGUCUGGAUCUUUAAACAUCCCAGAGUUGCCAAUGUCGAAACCGUGGAGUGAGCGUGAAAUCUAUGGAGAAGUUCCACAGGAACCAUCUGAAUAUCAUGGCAAAGAUUUUCUCAGGUGGAACUCUUGUAUAACUUCAAAUGAAAGGACUCCUCAAACAGUGAUGUUCAGCAGACACGCUAACACAUCUGGAAACCACAGUGUUGCGGGCGAAAGCAGGUGUUCUGAAGGUUUGGAUGUGAACUUUGAGUUGGGAAAUGAAGUUUGGGAUGACUUUGAUGACGAAAGCUUAGUAGAAGUUAUGAGCGUUUCAGCCGGUGCCGAGAAGACAGCUGUAUCAGGAUUUGGAGACACUUGUGAUUUGAGUCCCUGGGGAAGUAAGCUACCCUUCCAAAAGUCAAGCAGCAAAUUCCAAAGAGAAAUCUCAAACAGUUAUGCUUCAUCACAUGAAAAGCCAGAUAUUUAUCUAUCAGAUUGUGCUGUGUCCAAGUCUGGUCCAUCUCCUGUCACAGAAUCACCUCUACAAACUGGAAGUGCAAACCUUGUCAAUUUUCAAGAGAGAAGGCAGCCAACUCUCUCACCAGUGAUUGAGAGGGUAAGUUUUACCCGCUCUAACAAAACGCCACAGUCUCUCAACCUUCAGGGAGUGGAUAUUUUCAUUGGAAACGGUGACUCUAGAAAGGAAAUUGAUCUCAGUAAGUAUUAUCCUGAUGAUGCAGCUGAAGAAAUGAAGGCUCUUCUGGGAAUAUUUAGGGAUAUUUUCUAAAAAAAAAAAAAAGAAAGAAAAGAAAAGAAGAAAAGAAAAAGAAAUAAUUAUUUUGUUAAUAAGCAAAGUAAAACAUGUCUAAUCCCCAAAGAAUGCUUUUUUAUUUUUAAAAAUAAUUGACAACCAUUCAAAAUUUUUCUCUUAAAUUUGAUCCAU